AUGAAUCCAGCAAUGACACCUUGUGCAGCACCUCCUGGAUACUAUGGUGUACCAUACCUGCCAUCUCUUAAUCCAUACGGGUAUCCAACUCCUUGUGUACCAGUCCCUGGGAGCUAUCCAGUACCAUUUCCUGGAUAUGGUGGACCAUUCCCACAACCAUUUCUUGGACCACCACAGCCAUAUCCCAGCAUACCAUAUGCAUAUGGCCCGCAUCCCGGAAUGUUUCCACCUGGAUACAUGGUACCACAACAGGCAUACCCACAACCAUGCAUGUAUGGAGGGCCACCAGUGCCAACACCAUUGACCCAAGUACAAGAUGGAGGAGCUGUGCAAUAUCCUACUAUGUCUCAAAAUUUAUUCCAGACAAUAACCAGUUCCAGGAACAAAGAAAUGGUUAUGCACUGA